AUGACAAACCCUAGGUGGCUAUCUCUCUUGCAAAGAAGAACGGGUAGAUCCAGAAAGAAAGAACACGAAGAAGGUAGCUUUUGCGGCACGCCAAACGUGAAUGGAGAAUACCUCGAGGCAUUCAGAACAAAGUCUUACGUUGAAAUAUGCAACAUAGCACACAGGGAACUGGGAAAUGCAAGCACUAAUACUAAUUCCUUUAAGAUGCACCUUACCGAAUAUCUUCUAGAACCACCCCAGCAAGAAAUUGUAGCAAACAUGAAGGUGCACCGUCUUCUGGUGGACUACUUCGAAGCCAGCUUAGAAGCAUGCCGUUGUUGCGAGACAAUCGUUCAAGCUAUCCAUCAAACAAGACUUGCUUACGCAAGAGUCACCAAUGUCGUUGUCAAGCUAAGCCAAACAGCGCCUUAUUAUGACCAAUCCCAAAACCCUAUCCACACACAACUUUCUUCCUUCGUAUUAUUACAAAAUAACCCUUUGUCUAUUGUGCAGUUCCAUGACAUUCACGACAGAUACAUGACCCUCUUAAGUAGGCUGUUAUCAAAGAAAAGGAAAAUUCAAAGAAUAUUAACCAUAAAGAGCGUUUGCAAGAAGGUUGGAGGAAUCGGUUUAAUCGUUUCGCAAGGCGUUCUUAUGGUGGCUUUAUUGGUAUUUGCGUUUCAUAGUGUAAUUGGGUUUGUGGCUGCUGCACCGUGCAUAGUUGGUUUGGUCAUGAAGAAGAGAUUUAAGAGGAGUUGUGAAAGGUUCAACACUAGAAACUCUUGUAUGAAAUUGUGUGAGCAACUUGAUGUUGCUGCCAAAGGGGUUUAUGUGGUGAUCAAUGAGUUGGACACUAUGAGCCGAAUGGUUAAGAGGUUAGAUGAUGAGGUUGAACAUUGGAGACAGGUUGCUGAUAUUUGUGUGAAGAAUUACUGUAAGUGUGAAAUAUUGAAGCGGGUUGUGAAGGAAUUUCAGGACAACGAAUCUAACUUUUUGGAUAUGUUGGAAGAACUUGAAGAGCAUAUCUAUUUGUGCUUUCUCACCGUAAACAGAUUUAGAAGAUUGGUUAUGGAAGAAAUUAUGGGGAAACAACGUUAAAAGAAAUUGACACCACUCUUUUGCUUUUAUCAUAGCGAAGGAGUUUUUUUAGCAGUAGUGCGCGAGACACGUUCGAUUAGAAACUUCUGCAAUGUCACACCCACCGUUCCUAGAGGAAUGUUUCACAAGAGGAUUAAUUUUUCUUCCCUUCGGGGACCAGGUGACUUUGACCAGUGCUCAUUCUUUCAAUUUUCAAAUAGUCUUCGUAAUUCUUUUGAUUUUUUUUACGUCUUCAUUCAUAAUAAAUAAUAAGAAUUCUUACUGUACAGUCU